CGCGCUUAACUUGAGUCGUGCGUGUUUUGUGAUCGCUUAUUGUUUGUACUAUUGUAAAGAAAUAUGACACGAAAAAUUGGUUAGCAUUAUCAUAAUUUACAAGUAUCUACCACGAAAAUGUAUUAUAAAUAAAUAACAUCGUGCAGUAUUACAUCGCAGCUUUAGUUAGGAAAAUAAUGUAUUUUAUCACACCGCCGCAGACUUGUGUUUGAAUUCUCGUGAACCUUGUUGUGGGAUCGAUUUUUAGGUGUUAUUAAUGAAAUUACAAAGGUGCUUGUGAGUGAUAUUGUUAUAUAAAUGGAAUUGGUCAUAGAGUGUACUUACAUUACGCAGGCCGCUCUAUGUGCACACCAAAACUGACAAUCGAUAUAACUUGAUAAAAAAUGCAUAUUUUCCCCAUGGUUUCAUAGAGGUAUGGGUCAAUAAAGUGCUGCCGGCUUUCAAAAGGCUUACUUUUUGUAUCCUCCGUUAUUUGCCGAUCAUAAUAUUCUAUUGGUGAACACAGUUAUAUCAAUUAUGUAUGAAAUGGUGAUGGUCACUAUCGCUUACUUGAUUACUAGUGCAACAUAGCCUGCAGUCCAAAGAGAAGCAGUGACGAGAUCCCGCGAAUGAUUUCACAUAAAAUCCCAUUAAAUUACUAUAGAACAACUAAAUUAAAAUUAAAUUUAGAUAAUCUAAUAUUAUGUGAUAACGAGUGUCCAACUGUGUAGUGUUAUAGUUGUUUGUAGUCGGCCAUUUUGUUUUGCAAGAUGGGCGCCAUUUCGAAUGUGUUCCGAUUGAGGACCGGCGGCAUUUUGGCGCGAGUAGUGGUGCUCCUGAGUUUAGCUGUUUAUUCUUCUUAUGGUGGCGGCUGCACCUUCCCAGAGGGUUGGACCGGUAGCUGGUUCCUGUCGGGCAAUCCCGGCCUUAUCGCCAUCAACUCGACCCACAUACAGUCGAAGGGUGAAUGCUCAGAGACAGAGUCGUACGACAAGUUUCUGCUCUACGACAGGAGCGACGACUGUUACAGGUGUAUGGUGAUAAAUGAAAAACAUAAAUAUGUGCUACAAUAUAAAGAAACAUACUGUUCACCGAAGGAUUCGCUGUCUUCUAUAUGCGAGUUGAUCACAGGAGACGCUCCUCUCUACUCCAUGUUCCGUAAGGAGCCCCGGCCGGUCCCUCAGCAGUGUCCCUUCCAUCCGGCGCCAUUUACUUUCACAUACAACCGAGGUUCAGGUGACUGCACCAACCCGCCAUCCCGCGCGGAGUCCUGCACGGACGACUCUCGACUGCUACUCCGGUACAUGGCCUGCCCGGACGUGCCCGGCACCGAGAGCAAUGUCGAGGAGCUGGUGUGCCUGGCCACAUGGAAGGAGGGAUCCAUCAGGUACCUGGUGGGGCAGAUCUCCCAGGUGCAGCGUAGAAAUUCUAUCGUCUCAGACGAAGAUACCUACAGAUGUUUCGUUUACCAAGGGCAGCACAGCGACAAGGGUAUGACGUACUACGUCGCCCAGUCGGGGGACGCCACUUGCAACGGACUGUCCUCAGCUACAGACGGCAGUCGCACCAUGAAGCUCACCAACAGCGAUGACGAACACAACCGCUGCCAUUUCCCGAGUUGGAUUGUGGACCACCACAAGUGGUACAGUUUGGAUCGUACCCACCAGUACCGUUUUACCACCAAGAACGCCACGCUCAAGAUAAUGAACGCAGAUGGAUCCAUCGACGAGAAACGGCUGGUGUGCCACUCGAUCCUCGAACACAAGGACAAGAAACAUAUCACCCUCAUCGCUCACGUCACCAUGGGAUGUGAGUCGGGGCACGCGUGUCUGAAGUUCUACCGUCGCGAAGGCAACGUGCUGGAGCUGCAGGCCGGCUCCGAGCUCACGGAGGUGGCUCAGGACGCGUGCGCCGCCACCCACCAGUUGCCGUACAUCACACUCAUCACAACGUCGCUGGUACCGAUGCGGUGUCCGAUCUUCGGUCGAUACUCUGUGCUCGGCUCGCUGGCCGACCGUCGCCGGCGUCGCCAGCAAAUCGCCAUAGGCGACUCGUCGGCCGAGGGCUCGGGUGCAGGCGCGAGUGGUGGUGGCGGUGAGGAAGAGAAGCGAGAGUGCUCCCCGGGAGAGUACGACAGCGCCAGCGUCGGCUGCAGCACCUCGCAGGACACCAUCGAGUUUAAGUCGCCCUGCGGACUCUCCACCGUGUACACGUGCUACGGCAGUUGGUCGGAGGGCGAGGUGGGGUUCCUGAUCGCGGCGCCCAUCGCGCGCUCCUCCUCGCACCCGAGGACCUUCUGCUUCAUGUACUCCUCCGCGCCACCCGCACUCAACGAGUCUGUGGCGGGCGGCGGCGGCGGGCUGCUGUCGCUGUCGGCGGUGGCGCGGUCGUGCGACCGGCGCGUGGUGCCCGGACGACACGGCGACAAGGCCUACAACCUCACCAUCAACGGUACAUGUGAGCAGAGCAGCAAAUACAACAGCUUGUCGCAGCGGCUGGCGCCGGCUGCCGCACUAGUUGUCGCGCUCGUCGUCGCCUGCGUCAGAUGAUACCGCUGCUAAUGUUACUGCCGGGUUUGGACGAGGUUUCGCCGCGCGGCCGGAAACCACAGUCAUUGAAUGACGAUUGACAAUAACAAUUGUUGAUUGAAAUUGUCAAUUGUUAGUGAUUUUAGUUGAUUUGUACGCAGGUUAGUUUUGUUAUUGUUGUGUGUAAUAGGCGAACGAAAUUGGUUAUGAUUAUCAAUCGUAAUCGUAGACAGCAAGAAUUAUACACA